AUGUACCCUGACAACAACGUUGGUCCAACGCUACCAACCGGCGACCGACUUCUCGAAAGUAGCACUGCCACGACGGCACACACCACCACCGCAAUGGCCGACUCCAACAUGGACGUAGACAUGGACAUCGACUUCGAUCAGGAAGACCCAGAGAUCGCGCGCAUGCGAGCCGAGGCCGAACAAAUGCAAGCGUUGCCAGAGGUUGAAAUGACGACUGAAGCCAUGGCCAUGGAUGCCGUGGAGGAGGGAGAAGUGGGUCCGAACGAAGUUGUGCCCAACAAGAUUCACAUCGAGGGCAUCGAGUCACUCACCACGAAUGACAUUGAGAACUUCGCGAACGACAACUUCCCGACGGAUGCGCCCGUGAAGAUUGAGUGGGUGCAUGACAACUCUGCGAACAUCAUCUACAGGACGAGCGAGGCUGCGACGGAGGCACUGCGACAACUCGCGACAGCACACCCGGAAGACCCUCUGGAGUUACGCCCAGCUGCGAAGCUCCUUACGAACCCCGACAUCGAGCUCUUCGUGCGACGAGCAACCUCGGCAGAUGUUAAGAAGAAGGGUGCGGCACGAGAGAGUAGAUUCUACCUCAAUCACCCGGAGUGGGACCCAGAGAAUCGACCUCGAGGCAGCUUUCGUGGACGAGGCAGAGGACGCGGUAGAGGUCGCGGAGGACGAUACGAUGAGCGAGCUUCUAGGAGGAGUUCCGGCGCAUCGGAGUCGUUCAAUGUUGACCUCUACGAUGACAAACCACAGGCAAAGAUGCCAGAGCGACAAUUGACGGAGGAUCUGUACGCAAUGCGACAAGCCAGGCGGUCGGAGCGACAAGACGAGGACUUGAUCACAAGCAGAAAAGACGGCCGACUACGCAAUCGAAGCGCGUCGCCUAUGCAUGAUGGCGAUGGACGAUACGGGUUUAGAGAUGACCAGCCUCAGCGCCGUACUGCACGCUACAGAUCCCCACCUCCUCCCCGCCCACGCUCGAACACAGACAACUACGGCGCUCGUGAUAGCAUCCGUACUGAGCUUUUCCCCAACAAGAAAGGUAGCGCUGCACUCGGUCGCAGCAAAGACCCAGUCGAACUCUUCCCAGGCCGCUCCUCUUCUCCAGCAAACGGUAAGGCCGAUCUCUUCGCCAACAAACUCACCAACAAGCGUCAGCCGGACGUACAUCCCAACGAAGUGGCGCACGCCAUCGGUAAAUGCACCCUGAACAACAACCACGUAACGUUUGCUCACAACACCUCAGAUCGACGACCGAGCCACCGUAACGAAGACAGCAAGCCCCGCGACCUAUUCUCCCGAAUUGACGGCGGCAAAGGGCUCGCCCUCAAGCCCAAAGCCGGCAUCCUCAGCGAAGCGAACGAAGGCGACAGCGGCAGUGGUUUCAGCAUCAAGGGCGCCGGUGGCAUCAAGGACUUCAGCGUUAGAGGUGCUAGCAGAGUUGCGCCGCCUGUGAGGGAGCCGAUGCCAGCGAAACCGGACCUCUUUGCGAACAAGAUGAAUUCGAGGCGGAGGCAGGCGGAGGACUUCUAUUAG